AAGUCAAACCCGGCAGGGAUCUCCCAUUUUCACAUUUCGUUCUCGCCAAAAAGUUUAGCCGUCCCUUUUUAUCUGAUUGUUGAUCGAAAAGAAAAGAAAAGAAAACCAUAUCAUAAACGAUGUCACUGCCACUGUUAAAGCUAGGAACUUUGGCCUUAAAAACGCUGAGUAAACCGGUGGCUUCUCGGCUCAAGCAGGCUGCUUAUGCCCCCAAGUUCCGCCAGUUCGUUAGCAUUGCUCAGGCAAACCAUAGAAUCACAACUAGAAUGCAAAGACGCAUUUACAGUCAUGCAACGGAUGUUGAGAUACGGCCCUUGGACGAGGAGAAAGCUGUUCAGGCUGCUGUAGAUCUUAUUGGGGAACUUUUUGUGUUCACGGUUGCAGGAGCUAUCUUGAUCUUUGAGGUUCAAAGAAGUUCUAGAUCGGAAGCCAAAAAGGAGGAAGCACGCCGAGCAGAGUUGGAGGCAAUGAAGAAAAGAAACGAGGACUUAGCUACAGAAGUGGAACUUCUUAGACUUAAACUUGAAGAAGUGGGGCAGCUUGCUAAGCGACAGGGACUCGCUGGUAUUUUCAAAUUGAAACAUGCUAAUAUGGAGAGAGAGAGAGAGAGAGAGGGGGGGGGGGAUUGGCAAAACCAGCUUGAUGUAAACGGGCUUGGAAAUAAGUCGAGUAUUCUUUUUCUUUAUUCCAAUUCUCUAUUAUACAGGUUUCUGAUCAACCCCUCAAUAAGGGAAUCAUUCUUCCUUUCCAUUCUUUUCAACAUUGAGCCAUCUUUUUGGACUGUAUUCUGCUUUCAAUCGAUCAUUGAAAAGAUUAUACGACUAAAAUCAUUGUUUUAAACAUGACUGAAAAUAACAUGUAUAAAUAU